GGACGGAUCCGGCUCAGGUUACAUCCAGAAGGGCCCAGCCGGCCCAGGCCGGCCCCGGCGUCCUUGGUGUCUCCUGGAGGGGCUGGGCACCUCUGGGGCGGGGUUCUUCUCCACCUGCCCUCGGCGAGGACUGUGCCCUUGGCGGGCACGAGGACCGGCGGGAUAGGGCUAGGGCCUGGCCGCUCUGGGCCAAGGAUCAAGGUCCCUGCCUGGGUUAGGCCCCCACGCAUUCCAAUCUUCUGGACUCAGACUCUGAAGAGCGCGCAGUAAAGCCCCAGCGUAGCAGAAGCCGCUCUACAGCCGCGGGAGGUUGGACCUAUUGUUUCCCCGCCCUGGGCGGAGCCACCUGGCCGUGAGACCCGCCCUCAAUGCCGAAGCCUCUCGGAAACAGUCUUUCGGGGAGGAAGUUAGGUAGCCCCGAGAGGAAGAUUGUGGCGGAAGUGGUCGCGUUACCGCCUGUUUGUGCGCAUGCGCUACUCUUGUCUAGCUGCCGCCUUUCUGGAGGUGCUUUUGCUCAUCUCCCUUCUCCACGCGAGGGGGUGCGCGUACUCCCAGCCGUGGUCGCGCGUUAACCCCUUCUGCUGCUCUCCUGGCCCACUUGCGAUGGCGGGCAUCCUGUUUGAGGAUAUUUUCGAUGUGAAGGAUAUUGACCCAGAGGGCAAGAAGUUUGACCGAGUGUCUCGGCUACAUUGUGAGAGUGAAUCUUUCAAGAUGGAUCUCAUCUUAGAUGUAAACAUUCAAAUUUACCCUGUAGACUUGGGUGACAAGUUCCGGUUGGUCAUAGCUAGUACCUUGUAUGAAGAUGGCACCCUGGAUGAUGGUGAAUAUAACCCCACUGAUGACAGGCCUUCCAGGGCUGACCAAUUUGAGUAUGUAAUGUAUGGGAAAGUAUACAGGAUUGAGGGAGACGAAACUUCUACUGAAGCGGCAACACGCCUCUCUGCCUACGUGUCCUAUGGGGGCCUGCUCAUGAGGCUGCAGGGGGAUGCCAACAACCUGCAUGGAUUUGAGGUGGAUUCCAGAGUUUAUCUGCUGAUGAAGAAGCUAGCCUUCUGAACCUCGCCUGAAGCCAGCCUUGCUGCCACGUCACUCAGGUCCUGGACAUCGUUCUAGCUUGAGUUGCAGCUGCUCUUGAUUACCUGUUGAGGAGGGGCUGGUUCCCUGUCCACUGUGGCUGCAUCUUUAACUGGCCUGCACUCAGUUAGAAACUCACUCGCCUGUGAAAGACACAGUGGGAGAGCUUAAAAUCAAUAGGAAGCUUUGUGUAUAUGAUUUUUAAUCAAAUGUUACUUUUUCAGACUGCCCCUCCCCUUUUUGUAAAAAGUUCGUUUACUGUAAAAUCAUUUUUUCCAA